CCUUUAUCACACUAAACAACACCCAGGGUUUUUUAUUUUGAUAUUUUUAUUAUUAUAAUUUUUAUUUUAAAAUGCAUCCGUUAUUAGAUGCACAUAAAAAUGAAGGAUGUGAUCAUGUCAUUGAAGCCUUAGAAGCCUGUCAUAAAGCAGGUACCUUUAACAAGUUUCUAGGUACAUGUAAUGAAGCAAAACGAGCAGUAGAUGAAUGUUUAAAGCAAGAGUUUUUGGCACAAAGAGAAGCAAAUAAAGGAAAAUCAAAAGAAAAGAGAAAAAGAAUGGAAGCUAUUUGGAAAGAAAUGGAAGAACCACCUGCUUAUAUAAAGACUAGAAAAGAAGAAAGAUGAAUGAAGACAGAGAAGAAGGAUGAGAGAGUGUAGAAGGGGAAGGGAAGGGAAGGGAUAAAUGAAGAAGAAGACUAUUUUUUGUUUGUUUGUUUUCUUAAUUGUUGUUGUUAUAAAGUUGAGAAUAAGCAUAUUGAACCUUUUUCAUUAAUUCAGGUUUAUCAUACAUAAUAAAAGCUAAUUCUUCUAAAGGAAUGGUAUCUAAUAAUUGAAUUGUCACCUUUGGAGCAUAUUUAAUGCCUGUAGCCCUCACAUAUGGAAAAAAGAGAUCACCAAAUAAUC